AUGGCGGUCACGGCCCAGAACUCGGAGCAGGACUUCGUGGACGCCCACAACGCGGCGCGCGCCGACGUGGGCCUUGGUGAGGUGACAUGGGACGCUACCGUGACAGCCUUCGCGCAGGACUACGCCGAUCAGCGCCGCGGCGACUGCCAGCUGAUCCAUACUCCUGAUGGCCGGCCGUACGGGGAGAACCUCUACGGAGGCGGCGGCGGUGGGACCGAGGCCAUCGGCUGCGCCCGCGUCGUCUGCGACAGCGGCGACGGUGUGUUCAUCAUCUGCAGCUACAACCCGCCAGGCAACUUCCCCGGGGUGAAAAACGGAGUAGAUCUCGAGAGGGCACGCUAG